GCAACUCUGUAUUUUGUAUUUUUCUGCGGUAUUUUUUUCAUGUAUUUUCAAUUCGACCAGCCAAAAAAGUGUUGGAUACACUGCUUCUGCAUAGAAACUAAAUUUCCUGUCCCACACACGAAAAGCAAAAAGUGCAUGUUUUCCGCUGGCGAACCGAUUGCAGCAAGCAGGCUAGCAGGCAGUGGCUAGCUAGCCAUCUCCCUCUGGCCAUUCCGCAUCUCCGCGACCGCAUCCCGAAAUCCGGAGGAGAGUCCGCGUUUAGCGUUUUCCACUUGUGUGUGUUUUUUGUUAUGAAUAUAUCGAAGGUGACAACAUCGCUUGGUGGCGCCGAAAAGGCGAAGCCCGCAACUUCCGCCACUGCCGUUGUCGUUGCAGCAGGGAGCGGAAGUGCCACAGUUGGUGGCGGUGGCACUACUGGUAGCGGUGGUGGUGGUGGUGGUGCACCCAUCUUCAAUGCGGUCAGCAUACAGAAGCGCUCCAGUGCCGAGGACUCUGCAGAGGAUUCCUCCGCUCGCAAAAAGCAAAAGACAACCGAACUGAUAAUCGCCAAGAGCGCCACAGCGGCGACUCCGACCCAGCAACUGCUCUACCAACUAAAGCCCAAGAAUCCCAGCGAGCAGUCCGACAACCAGCAGCCGGAGGAUGCCACCGUUUGGACUCCCGGCGACCAGCAACAGAUCAUAGUGUGCAAUUUCGGCGAGAUGAGCGCAAUAAAGUCUCAGGAUGAGUCCGAAAAGCAGAACUUUAGCUUCACCAAAAAAGAGGCCGGCUCAUCCAGCUCGUCCUCCUCCUCCACAGCAUCCAUCAUAUCGCUAGAGCCCAGUGGUUCUGGCCAGGAUCAGGGCGAUAGCCAGCCCGUGGGCAAGGCCGAAGACCUGGACUUUGUUCUAAUGCCCGCCGCCAGUACUGACAACUCCACUGCGAAUGCAGCCACAACAGGAGGGGGAGGCAGUACCUCCGGCAUAACCUCCACAAUCAUUUUGAACGCCAACAAUGGCGGAACGACGACGACGGGCGUGGCGGGGACAACCACCACGAUUCUCACCCAGAAGCCGGGCCAGGCCAACUUUAACAUCUUCAAUGUACCCGUGACCGCCACGGGGAGCCAGACGCCGAUGACCACGAUCCUGAACCGGGCCAACCUGCACCAGAAGAUGAAGACGACCCAGCUGGUUGUGAACGCCAAGAAGCUUUCGGAGGUUACCCAGACCACGGCCAAGGUGUCCAUUGGCAAUAAGACGAUAUCGGUGCCGCUGCUGAAGCCCCUGAUCAGUGCCAGUGGAGUUGCCACCGCCGGUGGGGCCACCAUCGUGGAGAGCAAGCAGCUGCUGCAGGCGGCCGGUGGCCAGGUGACCGCUAAUGCAGUGGUUAGUGCCGCCAGUGUCGCGGGCGGGCAGCAGGUGCUGCCACACGGUCACCCCCAGCCGCGCCAGCACAACUUCACCAACCUGAUCAAGCGCGGCCCCAAGAACCCCGCCACUAUAGUCUCCUUCUCCGGAUUGCAAAUCAAGCCGGCCACCACGAAGUUCGUGGCCGCCAAGGUGGUCAGCAAGAAGAUGUCGCUGCAGCUCCAGCAACAGCAACUCCAGCAGCAGCAGACGCAGCAGCAGCUGCAGGUGACGAGUGGCGCCAGCUUGGCCCCCGCCACGGGCAGCAUCGUCACCAUAACCACCACCAAUCCCAGCCAGACGUACGCCAUGGUCCAGGAUGCUGCAGCAGGCGCCGGAGCCGGAUCCAAUUCCAGCUCCAUCACGGAGGAUGAGAGCCCGGCGCCGCGGAAGAUCACCUACAACACCGAGAACAUUCAGAAGAUCCUGAACAAAAGCAAGAACCAGGACCAGCCGGAGGAGUUCGCGAACAUCAACAGCGUGGUGAUCAAGCCCCUGGACAAGACCACCCUGAACUGCCCCACUAGCUUCAACAUCUUCAAGCAGCAGCAACAGGCUGUCACGGUGGCGGCGGCGGCGGCGGGGCAGCAGGGCAACCAGAACCAGACUCCGGCCACCUCCUCCACCGCCUCGGACCUGGCCUCCGCCUCCACAGUCUCCGUCUCUGCCGGCACCAUCUGCAUCAAUAGCCCGGUGGUGGGCACGCGGCCCAUCAUCUCCAUCACCAACAACAAGAACAUAUCCCUGGUGCUGUCGAAGACGACGAUGGCCCAGCAGAAGCCCAAGAUGAUAACCACCACCACUAUGGCCACGAUGCACCAGGCUCUGAACCAGGAGGCCGCCAACGACAAGGGAGCCGUAGGUGUGGUGGGAGGCGGGGCUGCGGCGCCGCCAAUGCAGCUCAAGCAGACGCCCACGAAGCUGAGUGUGAGCCUGACCUCCAGCCAGCAGAGUGGGGUGGGCCAGGAGGCCAAGCUGGAGGAGAUCGGCAGUGAGCCGAAGGUGAAGCUGCUGGUGAAGCAGGAGGUGCCGGUGGUGAAGAGCAGGGAGGCGACCACGCCCACGGGUCAAGACCCCGAGCAGGAUUCCACCCCCGAGAAGCAGCGCCUAAACGCCAGCACCACCCUGACGCCCAUCAACCAGGUGCCGACGGGCGGUGUGGGGAGCACAGCGCCCCAGGCCCCUACCUCGAAUCCCAGCACCCCCAACUCCAAUCCCGCCACGCCACAGAACACGCACAACAACCAGCGGUCCGGGACGGACGAGUCCAACAACGCCCUGCUGAAGCAGCUGCUCCAGAACACCAGCAACAGCCACAGCCUCAACCAGAUAAGCAUCACAUCGGCCCACGUGGCCAACGCCUCGGCCACGCCCCCGUUGUCGGCGCGCAAGGUGAUCAACGUGCGGGCGCCUAGCAUGGGACCUGCUCCCAGCAGCCUCGAGGCUCAGCUGGCGCGUCCGGUGAAGCCGCCCCUGCCCACAGCCACGCCGGGAGGCACGACGUCGUCUGGCAGUGGCGGCGGCAGCAGUGGAAGUGCCAACAGCAGCAGCAGUGCCCCCGUCACGUCCACAUCCACCACGACGAUGGCUGGAGCAGGCAGCUCCACUGUAUCCGCUGCGGGGACGGCGGUGGCACCAGUGCCCGCCACCACGUCGGGGCCGAUUGCGACUCCCGUGGGUGCCGGAGAAGCGAAGAUGGAGCCGAAGGCAGAGGCACCUGUGGCGGUUAACCAAAACCAAGUGCCACCGCCACCUCCUCCACCACAGCAGCAGCAGCCGGCGCCGCAGCAGCAGCACCUGCCAGUGCAGCCACCUGUUCAGCCUCCCCAGGCAUCCCAGCCAGCCCAGCCCCCAGCGCAUCCAGUCACCAAACAGACCGUACAAAUAGUGUCCAAGGAGACCUCGUUUAUAUCGGGGCCACCCAAACCAGUGGCGGAGGCCAAUCCCAAGCCCAAUGAGCUGCUGCCUCCGCCGCCGUACGAACUGGCCACGGCGCCCGUCUCCAACGUCACCAUCUCCAUAUCCACCAAGCAGCCGGCGGCCAAGGAGCUGCAGAUGAAGCCCAAGGCGGUGGCCAUGUCGCUGCCCAUGGAGCAGGGCGACGAGUCGCUGCCUGAGCAGGCGGACCAGCCCCCGAAUCAGGAUCUGGGCGCCACACCAGCCGGCGGAGCACCGCCCACAGCCGCGGCAGCUACGGUGCCGUGGAGCAACAGCAACCAUCUGGAGGCGGGCGUGGGCGCCACCAAGAUACCGUUCAAGCCGGGAGAAGCCCAGAAGAGGAAGCUGCCCAUGCACCCGCAGAUGGAGGAGAAGCAGCUUCAGGGGCAGCUGGAGGAGAAGCAUCUGCAGGUGCAGCUCCAGCAGCUGGUCGAUCCCGGCCAGGUGACGCCCGGCACUCCCACGCCGGACAAGGUGCAUCUCAUAUCCUCGGUGCUGACGGGCUACGUGAAGAAGCCCGGAACUGCCGGCGAAGCCACCAUCCAGGCCGUCCCAAACCAGAGCCCGGGCCAGGCGCAGAUGCAGGCCCAGUUGCACGCGGCCAUGCAGGCUCAGCUGCCGGUCCAGAUGCCGGGACAGAUGCCCAAUCAGAUCCAGGGCCAGAUCCCAGCCCAAAUGCAGAUCCAGGUCCAGCAGCAGCAACACCAUCAGCAGCCCCAUCCACAGCAGCAGCAGCAGACGCACCAGCAACACCAGGUGCUGCAGGUGGGCCAGGGUCAGGGGCCGAUGGCUGGAGGCGGAGUGCCCGCCAUGCCGGUAGAGCCCAAGGCGGGGGACCAGCGCAAGCGACGCAAGCGGGAAGUGCAGAAGCCCAGGCGCACCAACCUGAAUGCUGCCCAGACGGCGGCGGGAGUGCUGAAGGAUCUGACGGGCACUCUGCCGGCGGGAGCCAUGGUCCAGCUGACCGGGAUGCCGCCGGGCACCCACUACAUCCAGGGCGGCAGCAACAGCGUGAUCAGCAACUCUGGAGCGGGCGGCGUGACGCCCGGAGGAGCCGGAUCCGCCGCCAGCGCCUCGCCAGCGAUGAUGAAGAAGCGAGUGCGCAAGCUUUCCAAGGUGGAGGAGGACCACGAUGCAUUUACCGAGAAGCUGCUGACCCACAUCCGCCAGAUGCAGCCGCUGCAGGUCCUGGAGCCGCACCUGAACCGCAACUUUCACUUCCUGAUGGGAAGCAACGAGACGCCAAGCACACCACCGGCUGGAAGCGGAGGAGCGGCGGCCACCCCAACGGCCUCGGGCGGAGGCAAGGUCAAGGGCGGAUCCCUGAACUCCCGGGGCUGGCCGCUGGGCAGGCAUUUAGAGGGACUGGAGGACUGCGACAGCGCCACCUUCGGACGCUUCGGGCGCGUCCGCAUCCCGGGCAUACCCUCGCUCUACGACUCCGACCGCUUCGGCGGCAGCGGUGGCCUGGUGGGGGGCUCGGCCUGCACGCGCUCCCCCUCGCCGUCGCUCUCGCCGGGAUCGGACAAGAACAGCCUGCCCCUGUCGAGCAUUCAGAACGACUUCUACGACCAGGAGUUCUCCACGCACAUCGAGCGCAAUCCGCGCGAGCGCCUGCUCCGGCACAUCGGCGCUGUCCGGGACUGCAACCUGGAGACUGUGGAGCUGGUGGAGAGCGACAGUGUGGCGGCGUGGGCGGCCCUGCCCCGGGUCACGCGCUACCCGGGCCUGGUCCUGCUCAACGGUAACAGCAGGUGCCAUGGAAGGAUGUCGCCGGUGGCGCAGCCGGAGGAUCCGAUCACCAUGCGCGUCCCUGUGUCGCCGCUGAUCCGCUCCUGCGGCGAGGAGCUGCGCAAGACCCAGCAACUGGAACUGGGCACUGGCUCGAAUAACAACAACAACAACAACUACCAGCAGAAGAACCAGAAUGUGAUACUCUCGCUGCCCGCCAGCUCCGCCUCGUCGGACAACAUAGCCGGCGUGCUGCGGGAUCUGGCCAAUCUGCUGCACCUGGCGCCGUCGCUGACCUGCAAGAUCCUGGAGGACAAGGCGCAGGUGGGCGGCGAGAAGCUGGAGGUGGACCAGGAGGACACCAGGGACGACUUCAAGCGUCCGCUAAACAUCAGCCACAGCCACCUGCGCAAGAUCCUCAACGGGCGCCGGAAGCUGUGUCGCAGCUGCGGCAAUGUGGUCCACGCCUCCGGCCUGCGGGUGCCCCGCCACAGUCUGCCCUCGCUGGAGGAGCAGCUGCCCCGGCUGGCCCAGCUCAUGGCCAUGCUGCCGAAGAAGCCCACACCAGCGCCGUUCGUCUACUUCUGUGACCGAUCCUGCUUCGCGCGAUUCAAGUGGAGUGCCGGCAAGGAGAGCCAGGCGGAGGCGGCCAGCCUCCUGCUGCAGCCGGCGGGCGGCGCCUGCGCCUCCUCCACCUCCUCUUCCGCCUCUGUGUCGGCCACCGCCUCCGCCAGCGAGUCCCCGUCGCCGGCCUUGGCGGAGACCGUGGAGAAGCAAGAGCCGGAAGACGAGCAGGACGUGAAGCAUCCGGCCAUACCCGGCACCCCAGUGCAGCGCAAGUGCAUCGUAAAGUGCUUCAGUGCGGACUGCUUCGGACUGGACCUUGACGAGGCGGGAAGGGCAGCGGGCACGGGAUCAGGCGCACCUGGAACUGGAGCGGCCAACAACACGGUCUGGGAGUCGGAUGCCAGCAGCCAGCAGCUGGAGGACACGCGGCAGUGCGUCUUCUGCAACCAGCGGGGCGACGGCCAGGCGGAUGGACCCUCGCGACUGCUCAACUUUGACGUGGACAAAUGGGUGCAUCUCAACUGCGCCCUGUGGUCGAAUGGCGUCUACGAGACCGUGUCCGGCGCCCUGAUGAACUUUCAGACGGCGCUCCAGGCGGGCCUGAACCAGGCCUGCAGUGCCUGCCACCAGCUGGGCGCCACCAUCAAGUGCUUCAAGUCGCGCUGCAACAGCCUCUACCAUCUGCCGUGCGCGAUCCGCGAGGAGUGCGUCUUCUACAAGAACAAAUCCGUCCACUGCAGUGCCCACGGUCAUCCGCACGGCGGCAUCGGCGGUGUGGGAGGCGGCGGAGCGGGCAGUGCGUCUGGCGGCGGCCUGGCAUCUGGCGCUGGGAGCGAGAACGAACUCAGCUCGCUGGUGGUCCACCGGCGGGUGUUCGUGGAUCGCGACGAGAACCGGCAGGUGGCCACCGUGAUGCACUACUCGGAGCUGAGCAACCUGCUGCGCGUCGGCAACAUGACCUUCUUGAACGUGGGCCAGCUCCUGCCGCACCAGCUGGAGGCCUUCCACACGCCCCACUACAUCUACCCCAUUGGGUACAAGGUGAGUCGCUACUACUGGUGUGUCCGCCAGCCGAACCGGAGGUGCCGCUACAUAUGCAGCAUAGCAGAGGCUGGGUGCAAGCCCGAGUUCCGCAUCCUGGUGCAGGACGCCGGCGACAAGGAGCCGGAGCGUGAGUUCCGCGACAGCUCGCCGACGGCCGUGUGGCAGCAGAUCCUCCAGCCCAUCACCCGGAUGCGCAAGGUCCACAAAUGGCUGCAGCUCUUUCCCCAGCACAUCAGCGGCGAGGAUCUGUUCGGGCUGACGGAGCCGGCCAUCGUGCGGAUACUGGAGAGCCUGCCCGGCAUCGAGACCCUCACCGACUACCGCUUCAAGUACGGCCGCAAUCCUCUGCUGGAGUUCCCGCUGGCCAUCAAUCCAUCGGGGGCGGCGCGCACGGAGCCCAAGCAGCGCCAGCUGCUGGUCUGGCGGAAGCCGCACACCCAGCGCACCGCCGGCAGCUGCAGCACCCAGCGCAUGGCCAACUCGGCGGCCAUCGCCGGGGAGGUGGCCUGCCCGUACAGCAAGCAGUUUGUGCACUCCAAGAGCUCCCAGUACAAGAAGAUGAAGCAGGAGUGGCGCAACAACGUGUACCUGGCCAGAUCCAAGAUCCAGGGGCUGGGUCUGUAUGCCGCCCGAGACAUUGAGAAGCACACCAUGAUCAUUGAGUACAUCGGCGAGGUGAUUCGCACCGAGGUGUCCGAGAUUCGAGAGAAACAAUACGAGUCUAAGAAUCGCGGCAUUUACAUGUUUCGGCUGGACGAGGAUCGCGUGGUGGACGCCACUCUGAGCGGCGGCCUGGCCCGCUACAUCAAUCACUCGUGCAAUCCCAAUUGUGUGACGGAGAUCGUGGAGGUGGAUCGCGAUGUACGGAUCAUAAUCUUUGCCAAGCGGAAAAUCUAUCGCGGCGAGGAGCUGUCGUACGACUACAAGUUCGACAUCGAGGACGACGCCCACAAGAUACCCUGCGCCUGCGGUGCCCCCAACUGCCGCAAGUGGAUGAACUAGAGGUGUGGAGCCGGUGCAGUGCCCAGUGAACAGGAACAGGAAGAGGAAGAGGAUCAGGAAGAGGACUUGCUAUACCAGACCAACUGCAUGUACAAUGUACAUAUAUGUAUAUGGAAGCGUAUACUUAUAUAGGAGCAUAGGUAGCAUCGCUAGGCAGUAUAUAGAACAUGUACAUAGGACCCUGUUAGUUAUGUACAUAUAUGUGCCCACUGUAGCUAAUUUGUAACAAUUUCUAUAUACACCCAUGUAUAUAUAUACGUCUCGCUCGUCGGGCGACGGGGAGCGGAGCGGAGUGGAGCGGAGGAGAGUGUUUCAUAGUCUAAAUUAUAAGCGUUUCUAUAUAUGUACAAAUAUUUAUAUAUAUAUAGAGAGAAAUAGGCAGAAUAUAAAUGUUAAAGCAAGGA